AUGGAGUUUGCACCACACGACAAUGGGAUCAGGGACAACCUCGGACAAGCAGUGCAAGGCAAAGAUUCGGAGGUCAAUAAGCUUCUGCAUAUCAAAGCCAUCGUACAAGUCCAUAACGAAGAAACUUUACGAAUCAACCCUCUCUCUGUAGCCGAAGGGGUGCCAAUAGCAGUCUCAGCACAAGUCUCAGAGUACGUUCUUUACGCAUUUUCAUAUGCUUCGGAAUUUGGAUUUGGGGCAGUUCUUUGUUCAGAAAUGGGAUCAAAACUCUAA